GGAAACAGGAAGUAGAGUAGUCGUUCUGCACGGUGCAGGUCUUUCAGUGCAGUUAUUUCUUGUCACGCUUCAGCCUCGGAAAAUUUGUUUUUUCACAACAUAAACGUUUUCAAUAUAUUAAUUCAAGAAAAGUUACGCAUUGGGAGUUUUAUUGAAGACUUAGUUGUUAACUAUCUGUCUAGUUUUGCAUGGGAACGCAAUUCAAGGGCAGAAUAACUUUACACCACUGUGUGUAUCUAAUUCUAUGGGUUCCGCGCAUAGACGUCAAGACCAGGUUCUGCAAUAAAAAAAGACGAUCUAAAGUGCCUUGAAACAAGUGGACCAAUCGCAGCUUCGUCCGACAAUCAUGUGACACUGGUAGUUUUGAGGUCAUUUUCUUGCGACUAUUGCUGACAGCUCCAUGUGAAUGUCGCCUUCGUCUUCUACCACUAGCUUUCUAUCUUAUUUAUCAAGGUGUUAGCAUGGUGACUCUGGCUGCUGUGUUGUGAAUACGUGUCUCGCUUCUCUCAGGCCUUGUGCUCUGUUUCUCCAUGACCAGCCGUCUGCUGGGCCGAUGUGCCCGUCUCCUCCCCAGGCCCCCCCAGGCCUCAGCCGUCGCUGCCCUCCUGCCAACCCCUGCAGCUGGGCCAGCAGAGCCACUGUGGGCCCAGGCCUGGCGGCAGCCUGUGUUAAGGGGGCUAUGUGAGGGCAGGAGUUUGGUCAAAGAGGAGUAUCCCAUCGAGCCCAAACGCACCCAGCUGGAUGAGCUCUUAGAGAGGGCCCAAUCUCCACAGGAUGUCCUGCAGGCAUGGGCGGCACAAGGAGGAAAGGCCAAUCAGGCAGCUAAGGCUCUGGUUCAGCUUGUCAGAUUGGCUGGGAGAGAGAAAGGUGGGGCUAAAAUGGACCAAUUUGAGCUGCUGAAUGAUCCUAGACUGCUAGACAUACUGGACACGGUUACUGCACAGGUAGCGUCGGUGUGGAAUGGUACGCUGGUCUCUCUGCUGCGCUCCCUCUCUGCUCUGGGUGUUCCUCCUACAGCUGCAGUACAACGCUCCAUCCAGACAGAGGUGCUGUGGCGUGUACGCAGGCUCUCCUACAAACAGCUGGCUUUCCUGGCAGACUGGGGAGCAGGGCGGAAGGGUCAGAUGGAGUUGUCGCUGGUGAGCGCAGCGCUAAAACAGCUGGAGCUCCGCUGGACUGAGAUCGCUGACGCCAGAACAGUCAGUACCCUGAUGGCUAGGGCUGGACACCUCAGUCCUGCACUGAUGGACAGACUGGAGGAUAAGGCGUUAGAGCUAGCUGAAGGGUUUGGGGCAGAGGAUAUCCGCAGGGUGUCUGUGUCUCUGGCAUCUCAGGGACGCCGUUCAGUGCCUCUGCUCAGAGCUCUGUCCUACUACCUCCUACAGAAACCCUCAACAGACCUUACCACACCGCUACUGUUGGACCUCGCCUACGCAUAUGGGAAGUUGAAUUUCCACCAUUCCCAGGUCUUCCAGCGAUUGGCAGCCGAGUUGUUACCCAGAAUGCCAGAGAUUAGUUCUGCCGAUGUUACUCGCUGCGCCAAAUCACUUGCCUUCCUCAAGUGGCUCCAUCUCCCAUUGUUUGAGGCAUUCGCUGAGCACUACAGCGUGAACAGUCAGAAGUACAGCACACUGCAGCUUUGUAACCUGCUCAUGUCACUGGCCAGGCUCAACUUCCAGCCCAGCAAGGGGGAGGAGUUCUACAAGAAGGUCCACUCUGCCCUGGAGGGUGUUCUCCCUAACCUGGAGGUGUUCCUGCAGAUAGACGUGGUGUGGUCUCUGUGUGUGUUACAGCAGGCCAAGCCCCAGCACAUCACAGCCCUCAACCAACACACACAUGUUGCCAAACUCUCAGAAGGCAGUCUGUCUCGAGUGGAGAACUAUCGCCUGAAGCUCCUCCACAUCAUUGCUACCCUCCAGUUAGAACACCCAGAGUCUCUGUCCUCCACCCUGCCUACAGAGGCCAUGUUGAUUCCCUCCACCCUGGGUCAGGACUCCCCCCUCUCCCCUCUACAGACUGGGCUGAAGGGGGCCCUGGAUAAUCUGGUGGGGGGGAAAGCAGAGGCCCUACGUACCGGGGUCAACACUAUAUACGGCUGGACCAUAGAUGGAGAGCUGGUGGUGGACAGUGAAAAUAAGCCAAUGGACCUGGUGACCCUGACAGCCCCUCACCUGCCUGGAGGAGGCGGAACCAAUCCCCUACCUGAGGGUGCAUGCAGGUUAGCGUUCUUGACCUGGGAGUUUCCUAACUAUGGCUCCAGGAGUAAAGAUCUGCUGGGACGAUUCACCAUGAUGAGACGGCAUCUCAAACUGGCUGGCUUUAUCCUUGUAGAGGUGCCAUACUAUGAGUGGCUGGAGCUCAAGUCUGAUUGGCAGAAAGUGGCGUAUGUGAAGGAUAAGAUGGGGAAGGCCAUUGCUGAGGAAAUGGCGAAGUGAACUAGGCCAAACAGCAGAAGUUUAGAACUGAACCAGACUCAACUGGACUGGAAAGAGGAGAGCCAGGAUGUCAAGGACGGCUCACCAAAACCAAUCUGGUCUCAAACAACUCUGAACAACAACCCCCCCCUCCACACACACACACUAAUCAACCCACUUUAAAACAAGCUGAUUGGUGGAAAAUGUCUUUGUCGUUUUAUCUUUGGUUGCCUUGCCGAUGCGUGGGGCUUUCCAUGUUACCAUGGAGACGGCCCCUGAGAGUUCUGUAUGCUGAAGAGAGCAAACAGAGAGGGAGAAAGAGAGAGUGGGCUCUAUAGCAGAAAGCAAGGGCAGAAAGAGCUCUUGCUAAGGAGAUGUGUCCCUAAGUGACACUCAGUGAAAGAGAAUGGAGAGCAGCAUCAUAUAAUCAAUGCCCCAAUCAAUGUUAAAAGCUGUGUAUCACCUGUGAAUAGAAUGGUCUAAUUAAAUUAUCAAUAUAAGCUUUGUUGAGUGAUGCUAUCAGUGAAUACAUUAUUUUAUGCUUUAAUUUCGAUAUACGUGUUCCACACACUGUCCUCCAUGUUGGCACAAAUGUUCCAUGACUGUAACAUUGUUUGUGUUUGAGAGCAUAAAAUCCGUGAUUCAUUGUGGGUA